AUGCCCAUCGAUUACACCAAGCAUAACUAUACCGCUCCAGCCGAGCGCAUCCGCGCACUCAACGUCGAUCCACCGGAGUCGCGCAUUUUUGACGGUUUGCGCAAGUAUGAAACGGCCGCCCGGGGCUUCAAUGUUCUCUCGCUCGAGCACGGAUCCGAUGCGGCAUUCGUACUCCACCGUCCCGCGGAUAGCCCUGUGCCGCAGGUGUUUCGCCUACGCCUCACUGGCAAUGACCCACUAGAGCGUCUAACAUACUUUCCCGCGGGCGCAGGCCGUAGUAUCAGCAGUUGGGAACCGAUCGCGGGAGAUAAUUGGCGAGGACGCUGGCGUCCCGGAGGUGCGGUGUUUUGCAUGGAUGGCGAUGGAAACGAGAUGUUCCAGGUUUGGCGGUACUGGGAGGAUCCCGUAGACUCAGAUGAACCCCCGUUGCCGCGCAGUGCGGCAGAGGUCGAUAACGCACCCGGUCGUGGACGCAUCGAGCGGCUCACGCACGACGAAGCACGAUAUGGCAAGCUAGUCGUCGCGGAAAGCGGAGACUUUUUGGCCUUCACCUCGACAGCGCACAACAACCGAGACACUCUACCUUACCUGGCUCCAUUGACCGGCUCCUGUCCCUUCCUUCCUCUCCCUGGUGAUCUGAACGAUGACGGCGAGGGUUUUGACCUCGCGAAGAUCGCACAGAACGUGACACCGCUCCCUGGACCGGAGGUGAAGCGCACGACCCAGUUACCACCGGAGACCAUCAGUGCGGAUGGAAAAUGGCUGAUGCUAGUCGAGAUGAAGGGUUCUGGGGAGCGCCCUGCGUUCUUGAUCGACCUUUCGCUGCCUCUUCCCCAGACACCCAAAUCACUCAAGCUCCCUGGUGCCACCGAGGCUGAGGCUGAGACGACGAUCGCUCCCGCCAGAUUCAGCUUGGAUGCCAAGAGCCAGACUCUUUACACCGUGACGAGCGCCUACGGCGACUUCAUGAGCCUCGUUGCACUCGAUCUCUUCUCGCUACCAUCAACCGCUUCGGAAGGUGAUGCGAGCCUAUCGCCCACCGUGACGCACAUAACAACGGAAGGCCCCUUCGAUGCGCUCGCGCCCAUCAAGUGGGAUAUACCCUCUCUGCGCGUCACUCGAGGUGCAGUUGUAUUCCGCGCCAAUGUUGGCGGCUGGUACGUCCCGUACGUGAUGCCGCUCAGCGGCGCGUACGCGAACAAGGUCAUCAAGGUGAACCUGGAGUGGGAGGGAGGCGUCAUCAUCGUCGAGCCACACCUCUCGCGACCCUGCACCCUCCUCGCGAGACUGACCUCACACAAAUCCUCGGGCCGCCUCGCACUCAUCGAUCUCGACUUCAUCGUGACAGCCUCCUCCGAACUGGACUCAGUCCAUGUGUCCGAGAACGGCGAGCUCUCGGUCGACGUUGUCCCGCAUGACUUCAAGUACGCGACGCCGGAAGAGCCAGACGUGCGCAGCGUCAAGCCGGAGCUGCGCACGUUCAAGAGCUUCGACGGGCUAGAGGUACCCUUCAUCUACUACCACCCUGACACCUCCGACCACGGCGAACCCGCGUCGAAGAAGCAAAAGCGCCCCGUCAUCAUCGGCAUCCACGGCGGACCCGCCAGCCAAGCGACAGUCCAGUACCGCAGCGCAACACCCGCCAUCCACGGAUACCUCCUCAACGAACUCGGAUGCGCUGCUAUCUACCCCAACGUGCGCGGCAGCGUCGGGUAUGGCAAACGAUACAUGGCCGCGGACGACGUGGAGAAGCGCGAAGACUCCGUCCGCGAUAUCGGCGCGCUCAUCGACUACAUCGCUUCGGAUAUGUCGGACGAGCUCGAUGCGAGCCGGAUCGCUGUGAUGGGCGGGUCGUACGGAGGGUACAUGGUCUAUGCUGUGCUUGUGCACUUCUCCAACAAGCUGACGUGCGGGCUCGCGAACUAUGGGAUUGGGCACUGGCCGUCAUUCUUGAGGCGUACGGCCGUGCAUAGACGGGCGCAUCGGAGGAAAGAGUACGGGGACGAGUCGACGCCUGGGGGUCUCGCGUUGUUGGAAAGCAUUUCACCGCUCAAUCGCGCCGAGGAGAUCAAUGUGCCGCUUGCCAUUGCGCAUGGGGAGACGGAUAGUCGCGUUACGAUCGACGAGGCGGUCGAGAUGUGGGAGCGGGUACAUGAGCGGGUGCAUUGCGAGUUGCUCGUGUGCGAGAAGGAGGGCCACGGCUUCAAGCAGAAGAGCGUGAUCGAGUUCACGAAUGCCGCGAAGGUCCAAUUCCUCGAGAAGUACUUGCUCAACCGCGCUCAGGCUUGA